AGGAGGAGAGGGAUGGAUAUGGGGGAGCCACCGCACAGGCCCGUACGAUCGAGAUCAUAAGAACAACAAGAGAAAGAAGGGAAAAAAGCACAGUGUCGUUCAUGUGCUCACACCGGGGAGGACACACCGAGACCGCGGGAGAGGACGGGGAACCAACCGAGGGAGUGAAGGACCAGGGGGGGGGGGACGCGGCUACUGACCCAUCCCGGCGCAUCAGGGGCAGGAGCGGCGGCGAGAGGAGCAGGAGCAGGAGCAGGAGCAGGAGCAGGAGGAGAAGAUAAUUCCGCUCGCCCCGAUGGACUGAGAGGACAGAUGAAUGAAGACUGCCUACACUAACGCCUAUCGAUGCCUGGCCAAGGAUCUGGACGCUUACGCCAUGAACACGGACAUGACAAUGGACGGCAUCGGCAGCCUGCAUGGCGGGGUGUCGGUGAGCUCCGUGGGCCAUGACGCGGAGCUGAUGAGCGGCCACAGCCCGCACCACGGCCGCGGGGGCUCGGGGGGACACGGGGCGGCGGCGGCGGCGGCUGCGUCCGCCCUGCGGAUACACCAGGACCUGGCCGCCGCCGCCGCGUCGUCCCGCUCGGCCAUGGUGUCCGGCAUGGCCACGAUCCUGGACGGCAGCGGGGAGUACCGGCCGGAGCUGUCCCUGCCGCUGCACCACGCCAUGAGCGUGCCCUGCGACACGUCCUCUCCCGGGAUGGGGAUGAGCGGCACCUACACCACCUUGACGCCGCUGCAGCCGCUGCCGCCCAUCUCCACCGUGUCGGACAAGUUCCACCACCACCACCAUCACCACCACCACCAGCGGCUCUCCGGCAACGUGAGCGGGAGCUUCACCCUGAUGCGGGACGAGCGGGUACUGCCGGGCAUGAACAACCUGUACAGCCCCUACCACAAGGACCACAUGUCCGGGAUGGGUCAGAGUCUCUCCCCGGUGCUGGGCAACGGCCUGGGCUCCAUACACAACACCCAGCAGGGUCUCCACAACUACGGCACGGCGACGCACGGAGGCCACGACAAGAUGCUGAACUUCGACGCGCACCACACCGCCUCCAUGCUGGCCAGAGGGGACCACCACCAGCACCGAGGCCUCGGUGGCCCCGCGGCCGGGAUGAUGCCACACUUAAACGGCAUGCACCACCCGGGCCACCCGGCCGUCUCCUCGGCGGGUCACCACCCACACCCCCAUCUCCAGUCCCCAUCCCACGGGCCCGUGUUGGCUUCCACCCGGGACAGACCGCCCUCCUCCUCGGGGACGCAGGGGGUGAACAGCUCGGGGCAGCUGGAGGAGAUCAACACCAAGGAGGUAGCGCAGAGGAUCACGGCGGAGCUCAAGAGGUACAGCAUCCCCCAGGCCAUCUUCGCCCAGAGGGUGCUGUGCCGCUCCCAGGGGACCCUGUCGGACCUGCUGAGGAACCCCAAACCCUGGAGUAAACUAAAGUCAGGCCGGGAGACCUUCCGGAGGAUGUGGAAGUGGCUGCAGGAGCCCGAGUUCCAGAGGAUGUCGACCCUCAGACUAGCAGCGUGCAAACGGAAGGAGCAGGACACGGCGAAGGAUCGCAACAACACACCAAAGAAGUCGCGGCUGGUCUUCACCGACCUGCAGCGGCGUACCCUGCUGGCCAUCUUCAAGGAGAACAAGCGGCCGUCCAAGGAGAUGCAGCUCACCAUCUCGCAGCAGCUGGGCCUCGAACUCACCACCGUCAGCAACUUCUUCAUGAACGCCCGGCGCCGGAGUCUGGACAAAUGGGCAGACGACGGAGGCAGCCCCGGCGGCCACUCGUCGGCCUCCAGCACUUGUACCAAAGCGUGAUAGUGGAUGGCGAG